GUCGCAACAACUUAUCAAUCAUUCUGAUUCUAAAGCUUCUCUACAAUUUGCUACUAGCGGAGGAUAUAAUAAUAACUUAGAAUAUAAAACUAAUUUCGAUAUAGUCAGUGGUGAUUUGUUGACUUCCAACCAUGAAGAAGCUGACACGAGAAUAUUAUUACAUGUACUGUCCGCCAAAAUUUCUGGUUUUACUAGAUGCGUAGUAGAAUGUAAUGACACAGAUGUACUCAUCUUGCUACUGUACUUUAGAAAACACCUUACGCCAGAGAUUUGGUUAAAAGUUGGGAGAGGAAAUACAGUUCGCUAUAUAGCAGUGCAUGAGUUAAAACUGGAGGAAAAGUUGAUCCAAAAUUUACCUGCAUUUCAUGCUCUUACAGGAUGUGACACUACUAGUCAAUUUUCAGGAUACGGAAAAAAAAAUGUUGGAAAACGUAUUUGGAAUCCUUUAAACACUUAGAUGGAAUUUGUACGGAUGAUUUUUCAGAAAAUAUGUUCAAGGAUAUUCAGAUGUUUAUUAUAAAACUAUAUUCAAAAAAUCCUAAUAUUGCGUCAGUAAACAUUUUAAGAGGUUUGUUAGCAUCGUCUUCAACAAUUGCAAAUCUGCCUCCGACUGAAGAUGCAUUGCGAUUCCAUUGUUUGAGGGCUUAUUAUCAGACGAAAGUGUGGCUCAAUGGCUUAGAACCCUGUCCAAAAUUGCCUUGUAUUGCCGACUAUGGAUGGAAAAUUGAUAAAGACGGUAAUGUCAAUCCAGUUCUAACCACCUUGCCAUCUUUUCCUUUACAUUUGAACGUUCUAGCUUCAUGUGGAUGCAAAAAAGAUUGUGGAAGCAAGGUCUGCAGUUGCAAGAAAAGUAAUAUAGGUUGUAUUUGGUCCUGUAAAUGCAUGGCACAAAAAACUUGCAAAAAUAGAUUGACCAAGACCACAGAUUUACCCCAGUUCGAUGAAGAAAGUGACUUGGAUGAAUAGUGUUUUUUAUCUGAUAAUCAUUUUCCUAAUUGUUAAUAAAAAAGAACAUUUAUAUAAAUAUAUGGGGCAUUCCACGCC